AUAACACUGCACUCUUGUCAUCAAUUUAUAACGCAUGUGUACAAAACGGUUGCAUGCCAUACGGAAUAGUGAAACUAUAAUCAAUAAAUAACAAAUAGGUUUGAUAACGACUAUUGUGCGGUUAUUAAAAAAAUAUCCAACGAUUCAUUAACGCUGCACUAUGACGGAUAUCACUUUGACAACCGAACAAAGGAAGUUCUUGGAAGAAUGCGAGGAGGAAUUUAAGGAUCGUUACACAGAGAAAGACAACAGUUUCAUGAACAUCAAGAUGCAAGAACUGAAGAAACCACCGAUCGUCGACCCUUGGUACAACAAACCACGCAGAUAUGAGUGGUCACGUCACGAUCAAACUCACACUCAUGGUAGACGCAAUCACUAUUGGAAUCGUCGUAAUAACGAUAGAAGUGAAAGGAUGGACCGGCAUGGACGGCGAUAAAUAUUUAAUGCAUCAUGUACAAAAACUGUAUUAAUAUAGUACAUGUAAGUGACAAUGCCAAUUGGAUAAAAUGAACCUUAUUUUUAAUUUUAUAUGUAUAUUUCGUUAUAGUUUAUGUAUAUUUUUUUAUUGUUAGUAUUAAGUAUUAAAGGAUAUAGAAAAGGCUAGCUAUGUAAUAAUCUACAUAAAGUUAAUUAAAAAAGAAAGAACAGAUCCACUGUGAAAGGAGAAAAGAUCACUCCUUGACCUUGUGUGCACCAUCUUAUGACUGAAUAUAAAAAUAAUAAUACAAUUUUCUAUUUAAUGUUAAAUAUAAUAAAUGUAAUUAAUAAUUUCAAAUAAUUAAAUUAAUAUUCACAUAUACACUUGUUUUAUGAAUUAAUAAUUAUGAAAUUUGCCCUGUUUUCUCAAAAUUGUUUAAAUUUGCACGUGGACUUUAAAUGUUUGCCAGUAUAACUUGUAUAGGUCUAUAUACAUAUAUAAAUUUAACCAGAUACUUCUGUAAAGCUCAUAUGUUUACGAAGAUUUUGAAAUGAUAAACUGCUUUUUAUAAGAUUCAUGGCAGGCUUAAUAACAUCAUUGUUAUUAGAUUUAUCGGAAUAAGCCAUAAUUUCUUGUUGAUCUUCUAACUUUUCUGAAGAUAUAUCGAGAGCAGUCUUGGUUUCAUCGCACGAUUCUUUACUCGUGCCUUCCGAUUUUACGUCCAAUUUAUUUUUAUUAUAGUUUGUCCAGCAAUGUUUAAAAUUCACCCAAACAUCUUUACAGAUACACAACUCCUCCACUAAAAACCAAAGUUAAUUUAUAGUUAGAACUUACUCGACGGAGCAUACUUCUAAGUCUAAUAGAACAUUAUUCAAAUUUAGCAACAUGUAGCACUUUCAAAUAAUAAUAAAACAUUAUACUACUGCAGCGCAAGAGGUUUUGCGAUAACAAGAUUCAUAUCAACAAAUAAAACUUGUACUCUUAAUGU